AUGAAUCAAGAAUUCUGGGUAGAAUAUUUGAAUAGUCCGACUUUAUCGGUGCUACCGCAUGAUUUUUUAAAGCCAGCGAACAAGCAGUCUGUGGAAGCACAUCACUCUUUCAACUUACCCAAAAGCUGCAAGACAGACUUCAUAUUUGGCCUCGCGGCAUUUGCGGUAUUAGUAUAUCGUUUGACUGGUGAUGAGGAUAUUGUCAUAGCUACAGAUGAAAAACCUUUAUCUCCAGCUUUUAUCAUUAGAUUAACAAUAACUCCGGAGUUGAAGUUUAAUGAUCUUCUUUCUAAAGUCAAAGAGGAGUUCGAUUCUAACGUUCAAAAAGUGACUUAUAAGUCAUUGAAUGAAAUAGCAGAGAAGAUUAAGGUCAAAAAUCAGUUAGAAGAACUUCCUGGGUUGUUCAGAUUAUCUUAUCAACAUGCUAACGAAAAUCAACGAUUAUCUACUUCCGUAGAAGGAUCUGUACGUGAUUUGGCAAUCUUUGUAAAAGAUUCACAAGUGGAUAUUUACUAUAACUCUUUGUUAUAUAAAAGUUCUAGGAUAACAGUUUUUGGAGAACAAUACACCAAGUUCCUCCAGGAAGUUACGAAGAACCCAUCUUUACAAAUUACGAAGGUUAAUUUGAUUACUGAGUCUCAAAAAGGAGAAUUGCCGGAUCCAACCCUCGACUUGGAUUGGGCAGGCUACAGAGGAGCUAUUCAAGAUAUUUUUAUGCAAAAUGCAGAGGCUCAUCCUGAACGAGUGUGUGUUGUUGAAACUAAAUCCUUCUUAGAUCCCAAAUCCAAAACCAGAACUUUUAGUUACCAACAAAUCAACCAAGCAUCAAAUAUCGUUGGCAACUACUUGAAAAAUACCGGUAUCAAAAAGGGGGACAUUGUGAUGAUCUAUGCGUACCGUGGGGUUGAUUUAAUGGUAGCUGUCAUGGGUGUUUUAAAGGCUGGUGCUACUUUUUCUGUUAUUGAUCCUGCUUAUCCACCAGCUAGACAAAACAUAUAUCUUUCUGUUGCAAAGCCUCGAGGUAUUAUAGUUAUUGGAAAGGCAGGAACCUUGGAUCCAUUGGUCAAAAAUUAUAUUAAAGAUGAAUUAGACGUUAUCACUGUUAUUCCUGAACUAGAGAUUAAAGAUGAUGGUUCAGUGACAGGUGGAAAUAUUGAAGGCAAAUCUACUGAUUGUUUAAAUGAUUACUCUCAGUUUAAGGAUAAAUCAACUGGAGUUAAGGUUGGCCCUGACUCAAAUCCUACAUUAUCGUUUACUUCUGGGUCGGAGGGUAUUCCGAAGGGUGUCUUAGGGCGUCAUUUCUCACUUGCCUAUUAUUUUCCCUGGAUGGCCAAAAGAUUUAAUCUCUCUGAAAAGGAUAAGUUCACCAUGUUGUCUGGAAUCGCACAUGAUCCGAUUCAAAGAGAUAUGUUCACUCCCUUGUUUCUUGGUGCCCAGUUAUUAGUUCCAACGGCAGAUGACAUUGGUACACCAGGAAAGCUAGCUGAAUGGAUGUCUGAAUAUGGUGCAACUGUGACACAUUUGACACCAGCAAUGGGUCAAUUAUUGAGUGCACAAGCUAGUGCUUUAAUUCCAACACUUCAUCAUGCUUUCUUUGUAGGUGAUAUCUUAACAAAAAGAGAUUGCUUGAGAUUACAGACACUUGCUGAAAAUGUCGCUAUUGUCAACAUGUAUGGUACUACAGAAACUCAGAGAGCAGUCUCCUACUUUGAGAUUCAAAGCAGAGCUUCAGAUCCAACUUAUUUGAAGAACCUUAAGGAUGUCAUGCCAGCAGGAACAGGGAUGUAUAAUGUUCAGUUAUUGGUUGUGAAUAGGAAUGAUACUUCUCAAACCUGCGGAGUUGGUGAAGUGGGUGAAAUUUACGUGAGAGCAGGUGGAUUAUCUGAGGGAUACCGUGGAUUACCUGAUGCAAAUAAGCAGAAGUUUAUCACUAACUGGUAUGUCGAUCCAAAAAUAUGGGUUGAGGAAGAUGAGAAAAAUAAAAAGCCUACUGAAACGUGGAGGAAUGAAGGCUGGUAUGGUCCUAGAGAUAGAUUAUACAGAACUGGGGAUCUAGGACGUUACUUACCGGAUGGAAAUGUUGAAUGCUGUGGUAGGGCUGAUGAUCAAGUAAAGAUAAGAGGAUUUCGUAUUGAAUUAGGUGAAAUUGAUACCCACCUUUCUCAACAUCCUCUUGUCAGAGAGAAUGUGACGUUAGUCAGAAGGGAUAGAAAUGAAGAACCGACUUUGAUCUCUUAUAUAGUACCAAAAGAAGGACCCGCUCUUAACGAUUUCAAAACGGAAAUUCAAAAUAAUGACGAACACUACGAUCCUAUUGUCGAAGGUUUAGUUGAGUUUAGAGAGUUAAUCAAAGACAUCAAAUAUCACUUGAAGAAGAGACUCGCUUCUUAUGCUGUGCCUACCAUUGUCGUUCCAUUGAAAAGGCUUCCUUUGAACCCUAAUGGUAAAGUCGACAAGCCGAAAUUGCCGUUUCCAGAUACUGCUCAGUUAGAAGCCGUUGCGAAACUAACUGCUACUUCAAAGCAAGGAGACGAAGCCGAAGAGUUCAAUAAUUUAGAGGCAAAAAUUAGAGAUUUGUGGUUAGAAGUUCUACCAAAUAGACCUGCAACAAUCAGCAAAGACGAUUCCUUCUUUGAUUUAGGAGGACACUCUAUCUUAGGAACCAGAAUGAUCUUCGAAUUGAGAAAGAAAUUGAACGUGGAUAUUCCCCUUGGCUCUAUUUUCAAGAACCCAACCAUUGAAACCUUUUCUAAAGAGGUUCAGAAAUUUAUUGAUGGCGAGACUUUUCAAUUUGCAGAUUCGAAGGAUAAUGGUGAAAUUGAUGUCAGCGCCGAUGCCAUUGAUUACGCUAAAGAUGCUGCCGAAUUAUCUCAAACUGCAUUGUUAAAAUCAUAUGAAUCUUUAUCUAGUCUUGACACUUCCAAGCAAAUUAAUGUAUUUCUUACUGGUGCAACGGGCUUCUUAGGGUCCUUUAUACUUCGUGACAUUUUAACUUCUCGGCCUAAAUACUCUUUCAAAGUUUAUGCUCAUGUUAGGGCAUCUUCGAAGUCUGAUGGUCUUGAGAGAUUACGGAAGACAGGAACCGCUUACGGAAUUUGGGAUGAAAAAUGGACCCAAAAUAUUGAAAUCGUUCUAGGUGAUUUAAGUAAGGAGCAUUUCGGAUUAAAUGAUGUAGCAUGGAAAGAUUUAUCAAACACAAUCGAUGUCGUUAUACACAAUGGAGCUUUAGUUCAUUGGGUGUAUCCUUAUGCACAAGUCAGGGAUGCAAAUGUUAUUGGUACGAUAAAUGUCUUAAACCUUUGUGGACAAGGUAAACCUAAGUUUUUCUCAUUUGUUUCAUCAACUUCAGCUUUAGACACUGACUAUUAUGUUCAUCUUUCUGACGAAUUAACCAGCAAAGGCUUGCCUGGUAUUCCGGAAUCCGAUGACUUAUCGGGAUCUGCUAAGGGAUUAGGCACUGGAUAUGGGCAAUCCAAAUGGUCUGCUGAAUAUAUAAUCAGAAAAGCAGGCGAAAGAGGUUUGAGAGGAUGUAUUACCAGGCCCGGAUAUGUUGCUGGGUUUUCCGAUACUGGUGCUUCAAAUACUGAUGACUUCCUUUUGAGGAUGUUGAAAGGUUGUGCAGAAUUGGGUUCUUACCCAGAUAUAACCAAUAACGUCAACACUGUCCCAGUGGAGCAAGUAGCAAGAGUUGUGGUUGCCACAGCUUUCAAUCCUCCUAAGGAAAACGAGGUUGCUGUGGCACAAGUCACCGGUCACCCAAGAAUUAAAUUCAAUCAGUUUUUGGGCUCUCUUAAGCAGUACGGAUACGAAUUGGAAUCUGAAGACUACCCUACAUGGAAGCAAAUGUUGGAGAACUUCGUUGUUUCUGGUUCUGGUGAUUCUGCCUUACUUCCACUCUUGCACUUUGUUUUAGACGACUUGCCUCAAAACACCAAGGCUCCUGAAUUAGAUGACUCCAAUGCAGUAAGAUCUUUAAUUGCAGACUCAAAGUGGUCAGGAGUGGAUAGAAGUGGUGGUUCGGGUGUGGAUUUAAAGCAUAUGGGAACAUAUAUAUCUUAUUUCAUCAAGAUAGGAUUUUUACCAGUCCCCUCAAAUAAGGGAUUAGCUUUACCAGAUGUUCCUAUAAGUGAGGAAACAUUGAGGCUUAUUAGCUCAGGGGCUGCUAGCCGUGGAUCCGCUGCUAAGUAG